AUGCCCAGAGUGUCGCCAUGGAAGCCCGAGGGGCUUCCACGGCCCCAGUCGCGGCUGGGGUACUACCCUAGGCCCAACCGAACCGCCCCCGCCAUUUUCCCGGCCCAGACGCGGAUUCCCCGGAGCACCCUCAGCAUGGGGGAACCUGAGGAGGUAGUGCCCGAUUCAGGUGCUGUGUUUACAUUUGGAAAAACAAAAUUUGCUGAAAAUACUCCCAGCAAAUUCUGGUUCAAAAAUGAUAUACCUACAUAUCUUGCAUGUGGAGAUGAACAUACUGCUGUUAUUACCGGAAAUAAAAAACUUUACAUGUUUGGCAGUAACAACUGGGGCCAGUUAGGAUUAGGAUCAAAGUCAACGGUUUGCAAACCAACAUGUGUCAAAGCUUUAAAACCUGAAAAGGUGAAACAUGUUGCCUGUGGACGGAACCACACCCUAGUUUCAACAGAAGGAGGCAAAGUAUAUGCAGUUGGAGGAAAUAAUGAAGGCCAGCUAGGACUUGGUGACACUGAAGAUAGAAACACUUUUCAUCUAAUUGAAUUUUUUACAUCCCAGCAUCAUUUUAAGCAGUUGUCUGCUGGAUCUAACACUUCAGCUGCACUAACUGAGGAUGGAAAACUUUUUAUGUGGGGAGAAAAUUCUGAAGGGCAGAUUGGCUUAAAUAAUAUAUGUAAUGUGUAUUUUCCUCAUGAAGUGACCGUUGGGAAACCUAUUGCCUGGAUCUCUUGUGGAUAUUACCAUUCAGCUUUUGUAACAAUGGAGGGAGAACUGUAUACAUUUGGAGAACCUGAGUAUGGAAAGUUAGGUCUUCCCAAACAGCUACUGAUGAAUCACAAAGUGCCCCAGCUGGUGCCUGGAAUUCCUGAGAAGGUGAUCCAAGUAGCUUGUGGUGGAGGACAUACAGUGGUUCUCACAGAGAAAGCUGUGUACACCUUUGGUCUGGGACAAUUUGGUCAACUGGGUCUUGGCACUUUUGUCUUUGAAACUAUGGAACCCAAAAUCAUUAAAUCUGUUAAGGACCACAAAAUAACUUCUAUUGCCUGUGGAGAAAAUCACACAGCUUUGAUAACAGAUAUAGGCCGUAUGUAUACUUUUGGAGAUGGUCGAUAUGGGAAAUUAGGACUUGGAAUGGAGAAUUUUACCAAUCAGUUUGUUCCUAAUUUGUGCCCUAAUUUUUUGAGAUUUAAAGUUUAUUUGGUUGCCUGUGGUGGAUGUCACAUGGUAGUGUUUGCCACUCCACGACCUGUUAUAGAAAAAAUUGCACUUAGGGAAAUUUGUGAUUCUCGCAGACCUGCAGCAGCUUCUCGGUCCAUCAGCGACCUGACCUCAGGAAACAUACUGCAUAGAAGUUUAUCAGCACGUGUGCGUCGAAGAGAGAGGGCGAAAUCCCCAGAUUCUCUUCAAAUGACGCAAAUACUACCUCCAAUUAAAGGGACUCUUGGGUCACCUGUUUGUUUUUCCCCAAGUUUAGUUCCUUUCUGCAUAUUUACAAAUAAUCUGUCAGGGAAAAUGACUGAAAAGGAGGACUCCAUGAAGCCCAUGGAACCAGAUUAUUUUCAAGAUAAAAUGACCAAAGUGAAGGAUAUAGACAGCUCAUCAGUGGAUUCAAAAAGCCUUGGAGAAACUACUGAUGUAUUAAAUAUGACACAUAUGAUGAGCCUAAAUUCCAAUGAAAAGUCUUUAAAAUUAUCACCAAUUCAAAAACAAAAGAAACAAGAAUCAAUUGAGAAAUUGAAGCAGCAAACAGCUCAUACUGAAAAUGAUGAUAGCAAUGAAUAUGAAAGUGAAGAGAUGUCUCAAAAAAUGAAAGAAGGAAAAGCAUAUAAACAAAUUUUGGCUAAAGGAACAUUCAUGGUACCAACAACUGAGAAGCUGGAAGCAUGUUCAGAUGAGGAUGUAGGUCAUGACUCAGGACAACCUGGGCCUCAGGCUGAUACCAAUGAGAAGGGCUUGCAAAAAAAGACAUUUAGAUUUAAAAAUAAACAUAGCAUUUAUCCACUUGAUGAUAAGGAAAUAGAAAAUAAAAGUGAUGGAGAAGGCAGUCAGAAAGAUUCAGAAGAAGGAGAAAUGGUCUCUUUGAAGGAAACUAAGCUGGCAGAAAUGGCAGGUCUGAAGGAUAUAAGAAAAAGUGAAGAGAAUAUAAAAGAUAUUAACAGAUUCUUUGAUGAAUUACCAAAUAAAGUCGUGAAUAUUGAUGAGGAUAUUGAAGAAAAUUAUAUUGUUAAAGAAAGGAAAAGGAACAAGCAAGAUGCGAUCUUUGACAAUGAAAGAGAAUCUAUAGAGGAGCCAUAUAGUUACUUGGAAGGUGAAUGUGAAAGUCAGCACAGUACAACUGAUGACUUUGAGCUGCCUGAGUCAGUAGAAUGUAGUAGUGGAGAAAAAGAUGAUGAUGAAAUGGAAACUGACCAAAACUUAUGGUAUAGCAGAAAAUGUAUUGAACAAGAGGAGGAUACUGAACUCAAAAUAUCCGAAUUCAUGGCAAAAUAUGAUUUUAAGUCUGACCACUUGCCAGAAAUUCCAGAGGAAGAGGAAGGAGCAGAGGAUUUAGAAGGAAGUGGAAUAGAGGAGCAAGAGGUAGAGGAAAAUGUGGAGAUACCUGGAGGAAAGGAGGAGGAGGAAGCAGAGAUCCUAUCAGAUGACCUUACAGACAGAGCAGAGAAUCGCACACUUCCAGAAGACAAGGCAGAGGAAAUUAAUAAACAUCUGGAAGACAAGAAGAAAGCUGUGGGAGACAAUAAAAAUGUUCUUGUAGAUGACCUCAGUGAAAUCAGCGACAAUUCAAAUGUUCCUGCAGAUGACCUCAGUGACACCAGUGACAAUUCAAAUGUUCCUACAGGUUACCCAAGUGAAACCAGCGACAACUCAAUUGAAAAGGACAAAAAAAACAACCAAGAGGAACCGGCCAUUUCUGAAUACAAUGAAAAUCCAAAAGGAAACAUAUGUGAGCUUACAAAGAGCAGUUCUUCAGAAAUCCUGGAGGAUAGUAAAUCCACACCAGGUAAAGACAGGAAAGUAUCGAAGAAGACUUACCUUUUUAAAAGACUGUCAUUGAUGAGUAUGAAAAGUAUGCCGAAUAAUAAUGAGCCACUUCCAGAAAUAAAAUCACUAGGAGAUCAAAUAGCUUUUAAAAGCAAUAAGAAGGAUUUCAAACAGAACCACAUUGGGCAAAAUAAUCAGGAUACGUCACCCACAAAUACUGAGAAAACAUCAAAAUCCUGUGUAAUACUUUAAAUAUAUAUUUGUGUGGUCACCA